UACUCUAUACACUGGAAAAACAUCAUCAAUUCUCUCUUAAUUCCUCUAACCUCAUCACCAUAUCGUUUAAUCUUUAUUUGUCUGUCAUAAAUGGCUUCAUCAACGCCUGUCACCCAAGUGAACGUGGAGGAUUAUGCUUUCCCGGCGACGGUGAAAGCUCCUGGAUCGGAGAAGUCGUUCCUUCUCGCCGGCGCAGGGGUGAGAGGACUAGAGAUACAAGGCAAUUUUGUAAAGUUCACGGCAAUAGGAGUAUAUUUGGAAGAAAGUGGAAUUUCAGCGUUGGCUGCCAAGUGGAAGGGUAAAACCCCUGCUGAAUUGGUGGAAUCUGUUGAAUUUUUCCGUGAUAUUGUUACAGGUCCUUUUGAGAAAUUCACCCAAGUUACCAUGAUAUUACCGUUAACGGGACAACAAUAUUCAGAGAAGGUGACCGAGAACUGUGUUGCAUUCUGGAAGGCCAUCGGCAUAUACACCGACGAUGAAGCUAAGGCUGUCGAAAAAUUCCUGGAAACCUUCAAGGAUGAGAAAUUUCCACCCGGACACUCUAUUUUGUUUACUCAGUCACCUCUUGGAUCAUUAACGAUCGGAUUUUGUGAGCAUGCUUGGAUUCCAGCUGCCGGAAAUGCUGUAAUAGAGAACAAAAACUUGUCGGAAGCAGUUUUAGAAUCCAUCAUAGGGAAACAUGGUGUUUCGCCUCAAGCGAAGGAGAGCAUCGCUGUUAGAGUUUCCGAGUUAUUGAAUUCGGAGAAAACCGUAGAAGCAAAUGCAACGCUAGGAGUUGAAAAUGGGAAGACCACAAAGGUGGUUUCGGAAGGAAUUCAUGGACAAAAGGACGUUGAAGUAUGAAGAGUUGAGAUGAUGUAUAUUAAGUAUGUCCAAUAAGAUAUUACAUUGAUUUGUAAUAUCCAUGUUACUUUUUUUUUUUUGCAUAUCUCUUCUUUUAAAAAAAUGGGGGUUUUUAUUCGACGUCCUCAAUCGCUAAAAAUGCCCGCGUAUUUAUGGUAAAAUGACGAUUUUACCCUUUUAAAGAAAAUUACCCCCAUCUCCCUUCACCCUUCCCCUUCACGUUUUUAAACUUUUUUUUUGAAUCGAAAUUAAUAUAUAAACAAAUAAAUUUUUUAAACUACAAUAUUUAAACAAAUACUUCUAACAACUUUAUUUUUUUUCAAUUAUAUUAAUUACUUUAAUUAUGAAAUUCAGUAAUUAUUCAAUUCUUUUUUUUGGCAACACUUUUUAAAAUAUUCAAAAUUAAAAACGAAAAAAUAAACAAUUUUUUUUAUUACAUUCGAGCAGGAAAAAAAAUUAAUUAAAUAAAAAAUUAAUUCGUUUUUUUUUAAAACACAAGUGCCGCCCGUAAUUGGCGGCCCGAACCAUGGUUGGUCCACCCGGAAUUGGCGACCCGAACCAUGGUUGGUCCACCCGGAAUUGGCGGCCCGAACCAUGGUUGGUCCACCCGGAAUUGGCGGCCCGAACUAUGGUUCGUCCACCCGAAAUUGGCGGCCCAGCCAUGGUUCGGGCCGCCAAUUCCAGGUGGACCAACCAUGGUCCGGGCCGCCAAUUCCGGGCGGCCCUUUUUUUUUAAAAAAAAAUAAUUUUUUUUCUUGCCAGGUAAAAACGAAUGUAAUAAUAAUAAAAUUUUAGUUUAUUAUUAAUUUCCUUUUUUAUUUCGGAUAUUUUAAAAAGUGUUGCAAAAAAAAAUGAAUAAUUACUGAAUUUCUUAAUUAAAAUAUUUAAUAUAAUUGAAAAAAAAAUUGUUAGAAUUUCUUGUUUAAAAAAUGUAUUUGUUUAUAUAUUAAUUUUGAUUAAAAAAAAGUUUAAAAAUGUGAAGGGGAAGGGUAAAGGGGUAAUUUUCUUUAAAAGGAUAAAAUUGUCCUUUCACCAUAAAUACGAGGGCGUUUUUAGCGAUUGAGGACGUCGAAUAACGAUACACAAUAGGGUAGGGUACGUAGUAGAUCACUUAUACAGAGUACUUCGUACUUCAUUCAAUUCGAUCGUGUAGUACUUGUGAAAUAAUAUUUGCGUGCAUGUGCGUAUUGUGAAAUAAAAUGAGAUGAUACGCUUGUAAAA